GUCGCGGAAGCACUGCUGACGCCCACGCCCAAGAUGCCCAGGAGUGCUAAAGGGGUAUCCCCCGAUCUUGCUCCUAGAUGCGCGCGGAAAAUAUCAGUACCGGCAAGCCUACAAGGCAUAAAAAAGCCAGGGAACAUGCUUCUGGCCAACUUUGUAAUGUAAGGUACGGCACCGUCAAACUAACCAACGCACGUCUUACUAUCUGUACCCUCUUAGAUAGCGCCAUACUCUGUUCUGACUUUCUUACUCCUUACACAGAACGCCCGUCCAACCUUGAACAACUUGGUCUAAACAUCUCCACUUUGCAACUGUAAAAGGAAUGGGAAAUUGCCUUAACGUCGACGUCAAAAGCAAGUAUGCAGUAGGCGAGGUCGCCAGCAGGAAUCCGGAUUCUGAAGGCGCAGCCGCUGCUGUUUUGGCCAGCUCCCUAGCAAAUCGUACCUGGGUCGAGCUCAGCUUGCGAUGCACCGACCUUAAGCAUGCUGACUUGCUCAGCAAAACCGAUCCCAUGGGGAUACUCUACUGCCUCCAAAAUGGUGCAUGGAUGGAGGUCGGAAGGACGGAAAUGAUUGCCAAUCAGUACCACCCAUCCUUCGUCCAAAGGUUUAGGGUAUUGUAUCAUUUUGAGCUGGUGCAAAAGUUCCGGCUCCUCUUAGUGGAUAUUGACAAGGGGCAAAACCCGGCCACCGUCAACCCGGACAGCUGCAAGUUCCUGGGCACCUAUGAGUUCGAUCUGGGCGAGGUGGUGGCGGCACGCGACCGCAAGUACGUGCGCCCCCUGGCCGACCGCGAUGGCAAGCCCGGCAAGUCCACCAUGACUCUCAUCGCGGAGGAGCAGUCGGGCUGCAAAGACACCUACCGGAUCCGGCUGCAGGCCCAGAACCUGCAGAACGUGGAGCUACUGGGCAGGUCCGACCCCUUCCUGGAGAUAUCCCGGUGGCAGGACGACAACUCCACGCUGCUGCCGGUGUACAAGACGGAGACGCGCAAGAACAAUCUGAGCCCCGCCUGGAAUGAGAUCUGCGUGCGCGCCACGCAGCUCAACUAUGGCGACGUCAACAGGCCCCUCCGCAUUCGCGUGUACGACUAUGAGGCGAAUGGCUCCCACCGCAUGCUGGGCUUCUGCGACGUGACGACCCAGAAGCUGCGCGAGAUGGCACAGCAACAUGGCGCAGUCAUCAGCUUGCAGCCGCCACCCGGCAAGGGCCCCGGCAGCUACGGUACCUUGCAGGUGUUGUCCUUCCAGACCGAGAUGCAGCCCACCUUUCUGGACUACGUGACUAGCGGCACGGAGAUAGGGUUCGUGGCGGCGGUGGACUUCACCGGCAGCAACGGAGACCCUAACCUGCCGCACUCCAAGCAUUACGUCUUCGGAGGCCCCACGCAGUACGAGCUGGCAAUUAUGGGCAUUGGGCAAGUCAUCAUGCACUACGACUACGAUAAGAUGUUCCCGGCUUUUGGUUUCGGUGGGCGGAAGGCAUGGGAGAAUGUUACCAACCACUGCUUCCCGCUCGGCGAUUCGCCCGACGGGACGUGCGUGGGCGUCGUUGGUCUGCUGGAAGGUUACAGGAAGGCGCUGCGCGAGUGGAGUCUGUCGGGUCCCACCUACUUCGCGCCAGUCAUCCGCAAGGCCGCUAGCAUGGCUGCGGAGUCGCUGCAAAGCGGCGGCAUGCCCAAGUACACCUGCCUGCUCAUCCUGACAGACGGGGAGGUAACGGACAUGGACGCAACAGUGGAGGCCAUCGUGGAGGCAUCCGGGCUACCUUUGUCCAUCCUUAUCGUGGGCAUCGGCAACGAUAACUUCACCAAGAUGAAGACCCUGGACAGCGACCAGAAGCGCCUCACCAGCAGCACAGGCCGCGUUGCGGUGCGCGACAUCGUGCAGUUUGUGGAGUUUAACAAGUUCGCGUGUGACCAGAGCCGGCUGGCUCAGGAGCUGCUGGCGGAGCUGCCGGGGCAGCUCGUGGAGUACUUCAUGGGGCAGCGGAUACUGCCGCGAUAUGCGCCCGUUGACGCUGGGCCGGCUCCGAUGCCGGCAUCUUUUGCUGCGGCCUAAGGAGGGGAUGGGGCGUUGGCAUGGAAUUGCAUCUUGGUAAAUGGCGAUAGGGAAGUGCUGAACUUGUUGUACAUAUCCUGCUGCUGGCGUAGGCCAGGCUUUGCUGGCAUGGGUGAGCGGCGUUUUCUUCGUAUACCUCCUAUUCAUGCAUUUUUUGACUGUUGACUGCUUCUGACGUGGCAUGGAACACAGCUGGUGUUUGCUUGGUGGUACUUGGCGUUUCUCUGUGCUGACAUGCACAAGGGCGCAUGUAUUACAAUGGGUAUGUUGGAAAGCAACGGGAAUGGGCCAUAGACAAGGGCGGCAAUAAAUGACGUAUGCCAGCGUGUCGCUUGCUAUCCAGCACGGCAGAUGUUGCAUUUCUUGGGACGGCAGAUGCAUCAAGCCUAGAGGUAGCGAUAACACGACCGCCGUAUUCCGUUGCUCUGAGCUUAGCCGGACGCCCACCCAACGUUGUGUCCGGCCUGCUGUAAUUCUUAACGUUACG